UCGUCGCGCUGACAGUAGCUCGUGUCCAAUCUCUUUCCACCUCCCCACCAACCGCUGAGGCGCGCCCGCAGUAACUAUUGGGCACAUUCACAGCAGGGCCAACGAGGAACAGCUUCCCCACUCUCCGCCAGGGGGCGCUACAAGCUCAAGCUUUUGCGCAUGCGCUACAGAAGACACGUGGCCCGUGUUUCUCUUUGCGCAUGCGCGAGACGAAGAGCCGGGAGGUCGGGGGACGGUGUGUGUGCAGAGUCAACGCUCCUGUUUCGGGCGAACCGAACUUUGCAAGCUUAAGGAGAGCUUUAAGUCAAUGAAGAAAUCAAACGUCAGAAAAAAAUUAAGAUCACAAAACUUAUAAACCAGAAGCAAGAAAAGGGCAUACGUAAAAGGACUGAGUUUCCAUCUGCCAUCAGAUGUCUUUCUGCCUGACUGAGAUGCACCUGUGGUCUUUGAAGAAUACCUUACAUGUUGGGGAUGAAGACAUUGGGAUCUAUCAAUACUAUGACAAGAAAGAACCAGUAUCACAAACGAACCAUGGUUACUUAGAAGAGAAACAACAGCUUGUGGAAUCUCGAGAUUAUCCUUGGAUACUUAAAAACAAACGCCCAGAAAAACUGCGCGAUGCUCUCAAGGAGCUGGAGGAGCUGAUGCAAAACAGUCAGUGUGUGCUGAGCAAAUGGAAGAAUAAAUAUGUCUGUCAGCUCCUCUUUCAUUCAGGUGUACUGGUGUCCCUAAGCCUUUCUGGGCCACAGCUGGAGAAAGUGGUGAUUGACAGGACCCUGGCAGGGAAGCUCAUCUCCGACACCAUCAGUGAUGCUGUUCUUACAGACAGUUUCAUCAUCUUGUCAUUUUGGGAGCAAAACAAACUCUGCUUCAUUCAGUUUACAAAGAAGACAGGUUCUCCUGAUGUAAACAAAAGACUGGAAAAACUCUCAUCCUUGGAUUUUAAGAUUUCUUAUAUUGAUAUACCUGGACCAGCAAGUAGAAGGAUAAAACGUCACCUGUCAAUAAAUUGUAUCCAAGAUAUGGUCAUUUGCUGGUGGUCACUGACUAAUGACGGAGCGUGGCCUUGGUCUCCUAUUUCCAGUGAGAGGGACAGAGCCAACUUGUUGUUAUUAGGCUGUGCGCAUGGCAGACUAGAGGUUCUGAGUUACAUCCAUACAGAAUGGGAUCCACUUGAUGCUAGCUUUAGCACUAAUCAGCCUUAUCAGGUUCACACAGUGGAGCACUCUAUCAGCGCAGACAAAGAGCCCAUGGCUGACAGCUGCAUCUAUGAGUGGGUUAGGAACAAACUUCAGUGCAUGGCAGUCACCAGAAUACCACUAAGAUCCAAGGCCAUCAGUUGUUGCAGGAACAUUGCAGAAGACAAGCUGGUCCUGGGCUGUGAAGAUUCUUCAGUAAUUCUGUAUGAAGCCCACCAGAGAGUGACUCGGUUAGCCCAGGCAGAACUAUUGCCUGCUUUAAUAAACUGCCACCCCAGUGGAGCCAUAUUUCUGGUUGGCAGCUCUCAAGGGGAGCUGCAGCUUUUUGACAUGGCACUGUCCCCAAUUAAAAUACAGCUUUUGACAGAAGACUGCUCACCUAAAGCAACUUUGCAAUUCAGUAAACGGUUUGAUGUGUCUAGCAGCCUCAUCCAGAUACAAUGGGCAGCUCCUCACACCGCGUCUGACAGCGACAACAGCAUGGAUGUUCAUGACCUUCUGUUAAUUCGGUUUGACAAAGGACCUUUAGGAGUACUUCAGUUUAAACUUGGUGUCAUCACAAGAGGACGGCUGGGCCUUGUGGAAAUCAUCCACCAGUAUGUUCGUUAUGAUGAGAUAUCUGAGGCGAUUAGUGUCCUGAGCAGCAUGAACUGGGACACUAUGGGUCAUCAGUGUCACAUAAGCAUGAGUGCCAUUGUAAAUCACCUUCUUAGACAAAAGCUGACACCAGAGAGAGAAGCACAGCUUGAAGCAAGCCUUGGAACCUUUUAUGCUCCAACAAGACCCCUGUUGGAUACGACUGUGUUGGAAUAUAGAGACCCAAUCAGCAGAUAUGCAAGAAGGUUCUUCCACCACCUGCUCAGGUAUCAGAGAUUUGAAAAGGCAUUUCUGCUCGCUGUUGACAUAGGUGCUCGUGACCUGUUUAUGGACAUCCAUUACCUUGCAGUAGAUAAGGGUGAAUUGGCACUAGCUGAAGUGGCAAAGAAAAAAGCUAACGACAUUGAUGCAGAAUCAAUAACUACGGGAGUUGCUCUUUUGGGGCAUUUAGACAGAGAGGAUUCUUCAGAUGAAGCUUUUCUCGCCCUAUCUCGAACAUUGCAAGAGGAACAGACAUUUCAGGAUGCCCUCCCCCCCUCUGGCUCAAACUUCAGACCCACAUCACAGAGCAGUUCUAACAGUUCUGCUACCCGUAGACAAAGAGACACCAGGGAGAGUGCGCUCGGAAUGGAGAGCAAUGCUGCUUCUGCAAUGGAUAAACCCUUGUCCUGGAAUCCAGCAGCAAGUUCAGGGAAUUUUGGGGACGUUCACACAGAACAGGAGACUGGAGGAAGUGGAUCUCUCAAAGUGGUUCACUUUGGUCUAGUAUAAUCAAGAAUAUGAAUACUUUCACUUUAAAAGAAAAUACUUAAAGCCUGAUUAGACUCCCACUGAAAUUCAUCGCAGUCUUUCAUUUGGCUUCAGUUGCCUUUGGAUCAGGCCCUUCAAGAGAAAAUUCAGUUAAAAGUUUCAGUGAUGGUCUGCUUAAAACACUGAAUUAUUGAUUUAUAGGCACCUGUCUCUGCAAAAACUGACCCACGUUUAUUUAUGAAGAGCAAAUAAAUUUUCAUCAUGACAUCUGAUGACAUACAAAAUCCAAUAAUCAUGGAUACCAGUAUUACUGUACAAAUGGUAAUGCUGAAAGAUUGGUUUUUCAUUAAACAAAUCCAUAAACCUCACAGAGCAAAUUCUCUGUAAUUCUCCAUGCAUUAUAUAUUUUAACAAUCUUCACUUGGAUGCAGAUUUGAAUUUCCACUUAAGGCUCUGAAAACCAUUCUACCGAGAUACUAGCAGAUAAAAUCUUCACUCAGGAUACCUCUGUGAAAAAGCAGCCUUUCACAGUCAGCAGCGUUUUUCUAAGAAUGCUCUCAAUUUUCGUAUCUACAUAUAUCAUCUUAGUUGAAUAACCAUUAUUUUACCUUUAAAAAAAAGACAUGGAGUCUCUUAAACAUCAUUCCUUUGGAGUCCAGAUUUUAAUCUUGCUCCUCUAGCCACUAACAGAAAAUGCUACAGAGAAGACAACUUAACCUGUUUCAUUACUAUACUUGUUCCGGAAUUAUUAAAAGAGAAAAGGAACUUUAUGAUGUUUCUUGCUUCCUACCGUUUGAUCCAGUAUAUCAUGUAUGUACACAUGUAUUGUACUUUACUGUAUAUACACACAUAUAGAUUAAGCUUGGUCUUUUGGAGCAGUCAGUUAUGUAAAACUGAAAGUCAACAAUCUGCUUGAAUUUGCUUUUUGGUUACUGUCUUUAAAUGGUACGGUCACGAAAUAAAUGGAUUAAAAAUAAAAACUUUUU